AUGGAAAGGGUGGAAGAGAAUAUAAGAGACCUAAGAAAAGAAGUAAGAGAAGAUAUAGAGAAAUUAAAGGAAGAAGCAUUGAGGAGAGAACACAGGUGGGCUGAGCAAAAAAGGGAAAUGGAAGGGAAGAUAGAAAUACUGAUAAAGAAAAUUGAGGAGAUAGAGAAGAAAGAGGAGAGGGCGACAAGGUGGAGUGAGAUCGAAGAGAAAAUGCGAAAAACUGUACAGGAAGAGGUGGAGAAAAGAAAGGAAGAGACAGGAGGCGGGAAGGUCGGCGAGAAGCUGAGUGAACUAGAAAAGAAAUGGGAGAGAAAGGAGAGAGAAGAGAGAAGGAAUAACAUAAUAAUCAGGGGCAUGAAAGUAAGGAAAGAGGAGAUGAAAGAAAAGGCGGAGGAGAUCGUAAGGCUAACAGGAGUGAAAGACGCAAUAGAAGAGGUAAAAGAGGUAGGAUCGAUAGAAAGAGGAAAAGAAGUUAGAAUGAUGCUUAUAAAAAUUAAAUCGAGUGAGUUAAAAAGGAGGAUAAUGGAGAAUAAAAAGGCGUUAAAAGGAAGAGAAGAGAGAAUAGAAGAUGAUCUAACGUGGGCGCAGAGGAAGAUACAAUGGACACUAAGGAAAAUCGGAAGAGAAGAAAGAGAGAAAGGAAAGUACAUAUGGGUUGACCACGGAAAAAUAAGAAUAGAAGGAAAAUGGUGGAAAUGGGAUGAAGAAAAGGGAAUGCUGGUUGACUGGGUGGGAAGGGAGAGGAAGGGAACCCAGAGAGGAGGACAAAGGACGGGGGAAGAGGAGCAAGGGACAUAG